AUGUCGAUGAGUCGCCAGGAAGUCCGUGAUCAUUGUGUCAAGUCCCUUGAGGAGAAGAUGGUCGGAACGGAAGCCAAGAACGUUACGAACGGGAACGCCUUCUACCAAUACUUCUUCACCAACUUCCCGGAUCUUCGUGUCUAUUUCAAGGGAGCCGAGAAGUACACCGCCGAAGAUGUCAAGAAGAGCGAAAGGUAGGAGACUCUUCUUCGCUUAUUUGUUUCUCCAUUCACUUCUCCGUUCAGAUUCGACAAGCAAGGACAGAGAAUCCUUCUAGCGUGUCAUCUCCUCGCCAACGUCUACGACAACGAGGAAGUGUUCAAGGCGUACGUCCGCGAAACAAUCAAUCGUCAUCGGAUCUUCAAGAUGGACCCGGCCCUCUGGCUUGCUUUCUUCACCGUCUUCACGGGAUAUCUCGCGUCGUCGGGCACUUUGACUGACCAACAGAGGGCCGCUUGGAUGUCUCUCGGAAACGACUUCAACGAUGAGUGCCAGGUGCAUCUCAAGAACUCCAACCUUCCCUACGUGCAUUGA